GGAAGCAAAAUUUUCAGAUGGCUCGUACGAAGCAAACUGCUCGCAAGUCCGGAGGAAUGGUGCCUCGGAAGCAUCUGGGGGCCAAGGUUGCUAAAUGUGUUCGCAAAUCUGUCCCGGCUAUUGGGGGAGUGAAGAAGCCCCACCGGUUCAAGCCCGGAACUGUUGCUCUACGCGAAAUUCGCAAGUACCAGAAGAGUACCGAUCUCCUGAUCAGGAAACUGCCAUUCCAGAGGCUUAUUCGGGAGAUUGCUCAAGACUUUAAGGCUGAUCUGAGGUUCCAGAGCCACGCAGUGUUGGCAUUGCAGGAGGCAGCGGAGGCAUACCUUGUUGGGCUGUUUGAAGAUACUAAUCUCUGUGCGAUUCACGCCAAGCGCGUCACCAUCAUGUCCAAAGAUAUUCAGCUUGCAAGGAGGAUCAGGGGUGAGAGGGCUUAGUUUUUCUUAAAUGGUGGGGGGCUGCUGUGUGAAGCAAAUCUAGUAGCAUAUAGUAGUAGGUGAUUGCAAAACCAAAAAAAAAAAACAGAAGCUAGUAGUACUUCUUGAUUAUGGUAGCCUAUGGAAGAUUUAG